UGGCGAGGUCACCUUUCAAAACACUUAAUCAUCUUUUGCGGAGCACGUCGCUUUUCAAAAUAUAUCGGGGAAAAGGAAACGAUAAUACCAGUAUUUGUGGUUUGUCAAAAUGGGUCAAUGCGAGCGUAUGUUGGAGGAGAAAAACCUGUUGAUACUUCUAUUUGGAAUCAUCUUGUUGUUUUACCCGCUAUCGUGCCAGUGCCUUAAUAAUCUCACAGUUUUGAAUCUUCAGGGAAAGCAGGCCACCCAGGUCUCGACUACUGAUUACGAAGGAAUUCAUCUUUCAGCAGAUCUAGCGAUUGAUGGCGAUCAAGGAACUAUGCCUGAAGAUGUAACUUGCACUCACAACCAGGGAGACCUGCAUCCAUGGUGGAAAGUGGACUUGGGAGUAAACCACUGCCUCGGUCGUGUCACCCUUGUCAACAGAGGAGAUUGUUGUAGUGAACGUUUGUCUGGCGCCACCGUGAGAGCAGGUAUAGAGAGCGACAUUUCCAUCAAUGCCGCGUGCGGGUUACCAGUGACAUCAGUCCAAGCAUCGAUCCUUGGGGGACACAUACCGAUUUUGUGUGACCCGCCCGUGAUUGCCCGAUACGUCAGUGUGGACGUUUUGGAUGGAACCUACCUAACACUGUGCGAAGUGUUAGUUGAAGAGUACCCAAUCGAAGACUGCCUUCAUAAUAUUACAACUGCAAUGACUCAGGACACGCCAUUCACCGUCACUAGUAUGGUGUCAUCACUGCUAUUCGAUGGGAAAUGCAUUGUCGACCCACGCCCUCUGUCGGUCGUUCACAUGAAGUCACUCACGCGCUGUUUCCAGCAGUGUUUAAAGAUGAAUAAAGGGUGUUGGUCUUUCGACUACGUCAUGACUUCUGGUCAGUGCAGGCUCUACGAUGUAAAAGCUGACGCCUUGGGGGCAGAUGAUGAGCCAGGCUGCAAGGUGUACGUGGUGGUCAGUUUGUGGAUAAAAUAAUACUGAACUAUUAGUUCAAACUAUCGAUUGAUUAUUGUGUCGAUUGGUUUUCAGUGAAAUUUAUAACACUUGUGUUAUCAUUGUCAGAUCUAAGUGCACUCGGCAGAAUGUUAAAUUUAAAUGUUGUUAUAAUUUAAUUAAAAUGUUAUAAUAAAUGUUUUGCUAUAAAACAAUUGGACAAUUUCUGAACAGAACAAAAAUGAAAAGUUCACAGAUUUACAAAUAACUUACAGGGUUUACAGAAGG